UCGACAAUGUUGUUUAUGUGACAGGGGAAGGUGUCUUUUCUUUCUCCAUCCACGACCAUAAUUCUUAUCGCAGGAAACAGAUUAUUCAGUUUAUUAUUAAUUAUUAUUAAUUUAUUUUGCAUCGAUGUCCCUCCACUAAAUCAGCGAAACUGUAUCACGUUUUGUUGGUGCUGUGAAUCUGUGAUACGAUACGCGCACGCACGCACAUGCAUAUGCGUAUGUACGCGUAGAUCUGGAGAAGAAGAAGAGUAGAAGAGAGAGAAUAACGCAAGGCGGUGUUUGGAACGAGGCCAUGUCAGGUUUCACAGAUGCUCACUGUUUUCCGCGUCCAAUCCUCGCUGUCAAUCUCGCUCUAGCUCUUCUUCACGCCCUUGUUGCGUUCCUCGCCUCCUUUCAGUUGUUGAGGAUUCACACGAGGAAUUCGCAGCUUGGUUGGACUCGCCAAAAAGUGUUCCAUGUAUUGAUUGGCUCUUCUAAUUUGGGUUAUGUCAUUUAUUUGACAUUGACACUCAUUGCCACUUGCAAGGGAUGGACCUGUUGGUCACACUCUUGUGGUUUCAUAUUUAUGGCUUUCCCGAAAAUACUUUUUUUUGCAGCAUUUCUUCUUCUUUUAUCCUUCUGGGUUGACCUUUGCCAUCAGCCAGAUGAUGAUGAUGACUAUGAAGGAAGUUUUUCUGAAGAACCUUUGCUGGAAAAGGCUUCAAAUGAAUUAAAUUUAGCAAGCAUAGAUAGCCAUAGAAAAUGCUUUCCACUUCGGUUUUCUCGUGUUGGAAAUCGGCAAAAGAUUGUGAUUUUGGUCACAUUGCUAGUUUUCAUCAUCGCGAUGGCAUUUGCUGUAAUAGUUUGGAUUGGGCUAGGAAAAAACCCCAUUGAUUCUGAAGUGGCAGCUCGGGUAUAUUUAUAUCUUUCUGCUACAGGAAUGCUUUUGUUGGGAGGAGCAUUAGCAUGUUAUGGAAUCCUAUUAUGCUUGAAAAUGAGCAAAGUGAGAGCCGAGAAGCCUUCAUCUGAAAUGUGGAAGGUUGCAGGUUUAACAAUUGUCUCUGUAAUAUGCUUCACAUCAAGUUCCUGUGUAGAACUUUUAACCGACAUCCCUAUGCAGUAUGACUGGCAUCAGCGACGUCUGAAUGAUGUUUCAACCUCUCUUUUACUCAUUUUGUAUUAUUUUGUGGGUUCAUCAAUACCUUCAGCAGUAGUACUGUGGGUAAUGAGAGAAUUACCAUCUGCAGAAGCUGCUGGCAUACCAGAAGAAUCAAGUACAAUAGCUUUUGUAGCUGAUAGUUCAAUUGCAAUUCAUCAUCCUCAACGCUGGACUACAGCAACAAGCAUGCAGAAUCAGACAUCCAGAGCGAGUCCUAUAUAAUUAUAGAUUAACCUUUGCAAAUAUCUUCUUGUGCUGCUGGAGUUUGGACAGCUUGUUGGAAUUUCUUCAGCAUAUGUUUAACAUGAGCGCAGAUGAGAAAAAAUGAUGAUGAUGAUGAUGGAUGCAAGUGCUCAAUGGCCUUGAGGUUUUCCUCUUCCCACUGUAUUUACAAUCUAAAUCUAAAUGUAUAUAGCAGCAAUUUGAUAUAUGAAAAAUUAUUUUCCUUCUAUACAAAUUUUGGGACGCAACUGUUUCAAUUUUCAAUGCUAGUUGGGUAUUUUUCAGAAUUUGAAUAACUCCCGUCUGGUUUGAAUAUGACUGUUGCAGAGUGAGAGCAUGUUCUUCUAGCCCGCUUGCAAGCUGAAUUAAUUAAUCUCGACAAAUAUAUUUUUCUUUCUGAGAGCAUCUGCAGUGGGGUUGCUUAUAAACAAUCUCUUGUGUCACGUCAGUUCUUUUUCACUUUAUGGGUUGUUUAAAUUUUAGUAAAGUUGCUUGUAGAAGCUCCAGUACUAAAAUUUAAGCAACUCAUAAAGUGCAAAAGAGCUGAUGUGGCAUGAUGUGGCAUAGGGAGUUGCUUAUAAGCAACCCCCGCUGGAGAUGCUUUGACUUGACUAUAGUUAUAAUUACACGUCACACUUUUUGAAAAAUACCAUGUCUGCCUGGGAAAGUAUGUGAUUCCUAUCAUGAACCCCUGAAUAUUUUUAUCACGAUUUUUACAGUUUUUAGGCAAUAUGCUCUUCAAUCAUUCUGCUCGACUCAAUUGAAGCUUAUUAGCCUACUUACCCUAGGAUGCAUAAUAUCCGUGAUUUGAAUGAUAUUGUUCGUAGUAGUAAACAUCAUAUUUGGUUGGAACAGUUUCGGGAUCCAUAAUCAUUUUGUCAACCUUUUAAUUUCUUUUUCUAUUGAAUCGACUGCUGGUAUGUUUAAGCUUUCAUCC